GGCUUAGAAACAGGAACAAAGCCAAAGGGUGGGGCUGCCGGGGAUCAUUUAUAUUCUGCAACUCCAAGGGAUUCAAACACCAAACCAGACACAGUUUGGAAGAGCUGCCCAAAGGAAGACACAACAAUGUCAAAGCAACAGGUCCCCUACACACGGGCUGUGUCCUUGUCUGUUGGUUCUUCAGUGACAGUCAGAGGGAAACCUGCUAGCUGUUUCAGCAAGCACCCACAAAUGCAGGUGGAUUUCCAUACUGGAACUGAUGAGAACUCGGACAUCGCUUUCCAUUUCCGAGUGUACUUUGGCAUAUCUGUGAAGCUAAACAGCCGUCAGAAUGGGAGUUGGAACUGCGAGGUUUCAUCCUGCGAAGUGCCCUUCGUGGAGGGCCAAGAAUUUGAACUGCACAUCUUGGUGCUACAAAAUGAGUACCAGGUAAUGGUAAAUGGCAAGCAUCUUUACAGCCUUAACCAUCGACUCCCACCGCAAUCUGUGAAGUUGGUGCAGGUGUGGAGAGAUGUCUCCCUGACCUCAGUGUGUAUCUGCUAGAGAGGGAUGUGACCAAACUCCCCACCGUCAAGGAGGUCCCGCCAUCUAAGUGACCAUGAGACUCCCAGAGUUCACUAACAGAAUGCUUCCUCCCCACCCUUCCCCAAAACUUGGUCAUUAAAACUUCUAAGAAAUUAA